AUGUGAUCGGUGCUGACACUCCCGUGAGUCAGGCUGUCAAUGGUCAUGCAAUGGCAGAGCAGUUGCGACCGCGACAAAUUUCCCCGGAUCUUUUUGAGAUGCAGUGUCCCCUAUUCUGUCUCCAGGACGCCAAGGUGCAAGGUACGGUUCGCCGUAGUAAUAGGUACUACCUAGUAUUGAGUUACUACCCCUGUCUAAGCCGCUUUCGGUAACUGCGUGCUGCCGCUCUAUUAUAGGCCGAUUUGCAGAUCAAUCCAAAAGUUCCGAAAAGCUCAUUACAACCAUUGUAUUGACUUGGGAUUUGAUCGCAAUCUCGACCCAAUCCCUCGGCGGCUAGAAGAACCGUACUUGACAUGGCGUUGGCGGCUGCUGCUGGCCGUCGCCAGCUAUCCUCCGUGUUUUUCAGACAGCCGUCCUUCGCAUUUUCUCCUGCGCUUCGAAUAUGGUCUUCAAGGUCCCUCCUCUCCUCGUCCAUCGCAAUCCCCGCGAUCACCGUCAACAUUCCCGGGCUCUUGUCGGAUAUUUGGGAAGGCAUACUCAAUGCUGUCCCCAAGAAGAAAACAUCGCAUUCGAAGAAAAGACACCGGCAGUUGGCCGGAAAGGCUUUGAAGGAUGUGAAGGCUAUCAAUGAAUGCCCCGGUUGUGGAAGACCUAAGAGAGCUCACAACCUCUGUCCAUACUGUGUCGCAGAAAUUUACGAAAGCUGGAAGCAAAGAGAUGCGGAAGCGAGGGAAAUGACAAAAACAUAAUGGGAUCGCCCCGGUACAAAGGAAUGGUCGGAAAAGACAAACAUCAUACACUUCUCCGAACCUAGACCCGAUUCCAGCGAUCUAUCAGACGGCUUCAAGUCAAUGCGACCCAGGAUUCGGUGGUGUGUCUGUCUCGGCGCCGCUCAUGACGGAUUACACAUAUUGGACGUACCCAAACGAAGCAGCCGGAUCCCUUGAUGCUGAGUUUGGUUGAACGCCAUUAGCAUUGACGGGCCACGAACCUUUGGACGAAGAGCCAACAAGAGGCAACAGUGAAGUGCAUGUGUGGCCUUGAUGGCCAUUUUUACCGCAUCAGAUGAACUAUGUUCAUAGAAUGUCUCUUGAGGUGAUGACUGAGUAUUUGGACGCUCAGCGAGCCGCAUCAGCAGAAGCGGGAUUGUAAGAUAGAGCCUUGCGAAGUAUUCCAGGCUCAGGUGGAUUUCUUCCGCAUGUGAGUGCGGAAGUACCAGGUACCUGCUAGAUAGUCGUGUAAAAUUACGUCACAUAUACAGUAAUUUUACAGAUAUUGUACAGCAUAUUGACAUUCGACUGCACCAUAUCAAGUUGAACGAUGCCAACAAUCAAUGCGGUUUCUACAAUGAAGGCAGAUUAGACCCAAGUACGGUAACUUCGUGGGCGGUGGAACUCGACGGACGCAGUACUGUUCAGUACUGAUAGAAUGCAACCGGAGCGAUAAAAUGUCGAAGCAGUAUCUCUCGCAGCACGCGAUAGAGGAAGCCCAUGCCACGGAUAUCUUCGCAGUAGCAGCCACGCCGACCCAAAUCCUCAGCGGCUCCGGCGAGUCCUCGAUCAAGGUCUAUUCGACGACCGACGACAACUUCCCGAUCGUGCAAGCCCUGAAGGACGCGCACAAACUCGGCUGUCACCACAUCGCCACAGAUCAGACGGGGACAAAAGCGGCCAGUGCGGGAUUCGAGGGCAAAGUCAAGCUAUGGAAGUACGAGGAGGGCAUCUGGAAAGAAGACGGCGAGAUCCUCAGCGGGGACGGUGGACCCAAGAAAGCCGGUGAGGUGUGGGCAGUGGCAUUCUCGCAAGAUGGGCAGUAUCUAGCUGGAACGACGCACGACGGUCGAGUACACGUGUGGGAUCUGGCAAAUGGGAAGCAAAAGAUCCGCGAGUUUGAGACCAAAGGAAGUUUCGGCAUGUGUGUUGAUGUGUCACCGGAUGUUCGUUUCAUUGCCAGUGGCCAUGAAUCUGGCAACAUCUACCUUUUUUCGACAGCAACGUCCCGACUGCUACAUUCUCUGCCAGGGCUCAUCAAGCCGGUCCGUGCCGUCAAAUUCUCGCCUGGGAGUACCCUCCUCGCUGCGGCGGGUGACGCACGUAUCAUUUCCCUCUACGACCCCAAUUCCGGCGAGCAAGUGGCCAAUCUCAGCGGACAUGCUGCUUGGAUCACCAGUCUCGACUGGAGCCAUACCGGCCAGUAUUUGCUCAGUGGCAGCCUGGAUGGCAAGGUCAAAGUGUGGGACAUUGAACGGAGGGUCUGUGUGGCGACACACAACGAAAGUGACAAGGGUCUUUGGUGUGUUAGAUGGCUGCCCAAGGGCGAGGGUGCUGCCAAACAGAAGGCCGAGAGAUUUGCUACUGCCGGAAGCAGUAGGUCAAUCGCCAUCUAUCGAGAGGCUGCUGGAGGAUGAACGGCGUCGAUGCAACUGGGGUCGAUGACAACGAUACCUUAGUCCUUGCCCCCGACCACAAAGUGAUCAGCAGGUACAAGGACUUGCUUCCAGCUUUCCAGAUGCUACUCUACCAGCACCACCAACAGGCUAUUGAGAGACGCUGACGGGAGACAUGGCUUCCACCAGUCCAGAAUUGGGAUCAAGAACAAAAGAUUCGGAUGGUAGACCGGGCCUAACGCAAGAGGCAAAGCUGGGAUAGAAUUAAAAGGCGAGCGUAGACUCAGUGGCCUUUUACAUUUGAGCUGAGAUACAUGCUCGGCGACAGACUAAGAGAGCUACACCAGCACCGGAGUCCGGUUGUACGAAUAACACAGAAUCCUCCCUGCGAGGUAGCAACUGCUUUUGAUGGAACCCAUUGACUUGCCACAUUAAAUAGACGGUCUUAUGACAAUAUCAAAACAUCAUUUACUCG